AUGGAUGAGUUGACCACGCCAUCACUGCUAUCUGUCCGGAUCGCAUUCCUUUCUGUUCUUCCUCUAUACGUCAUAUGUGGUGGUGGUGGUGGUGGUGGUGGCGAUAAACCGUUGCUACUGACGCCUUACCUUGACAACGGUGACAUCAGCACGGCGCGCAAGUUGAGCCACGUUAAGGGAGAAGGGAUUUUCCCGAACAUCACCUUACCGCGGAGCUACGCGGGAUUUUUCACGGUGAACAAGACCGUCGGAAACCACAUGUUCUUCUGGCAUUUUCCAUCUCCUACCACGAGAGAUGCACCACUUCUGCUUUGGCUGAACGGAGGUCCGACGCUUUCGUCCAUGCUGGGACUGCUGUGGGAAAACGGGCCGGUCUUGGGGAUUGACCCGAGCAGAGCAGACGUGAGAGCCAACCCUUACACGUGGGUGGGGAACUUCUCUAUGCUCUACGUGGACAACCCGGUGGGGGCAGGCUACAGUUUCUCCGACUCAGGUACGGAGGGACAUCGCUUCUUGCAGGCUGACUACGGCAGAGAGCUCUAUUCUUUUAUGGAACAGUUUUUCCGCAUGUUUCCCGAAUAUUUGAAAAGAGAUUUUUACAUAGGCGGCCAGUCUUACGCUGGGAAGUAUGUCCCUACCCUCGCCCAUCUCAUCCACGAACACAGACUUCGGAAACUGACGGACAUGCCUCUGACGGGCAUCUAUUUGGGAGGGCCUUACUUCGAUCCACCAACAGAAAGUCUGGCGUUUCCGGAAUAUCUGUACGCGCUCGGCGCGUUCUCCCACGCGUCCAUGAUGGACGGCAAAGAGAGCGUGCGACAAAUCACGGAGAGUUUUCGACAGGGGAAGGUCAAAUCUAUGCCCACGACGGAGAUCAUGAACGAAGUGUUUCCCGACUCGGGGCUUGGCAGCAACGAUAAUUACGUCACAGAGGAAGGUCUGGGGUUGCCCUUUGUCGAGCUGGUAAUGAGGUCACGUGAGGUGAGGAGCGCGGUGCAUGCCGGGUCAGGGCAGUACUACACUCUGCUCAACGUGGCUUUGUACAACCGGUUCGGGGCGGAGCUUCUGGAGACCACGUCACUCAAGAUGGCGACGUUGAUGGACAACUACAAAGUGCUGGUGUACACGGGGGACUAUGACGUAGUGGUGAGCUCUGUCAUGGUGGAGUCUGCCCUCCUUGUUCUUCCCUGGUCCCUGCAGGCUCAGUACAACGCCACCGGCCGCUCUUUGUGGCGGGGGGAGGGGGCGGGGUCUAAGCCUGGAGGGGGCGGAGCUCUGAAGGGAUACUACUCGAGGACUGGUCGCUUCUGUCGCGUGGUGGUGCACGGGGCGGGGCACCAGACACCACGUGACCAGCCAGAGACAAGUCUGGAGAUGAUGAUACACUUCACCCGCUAUGGAUCUGCAGAUGGCUCUGGUUUGAAUCCCAGACUGGGCGAUCUAGAACUUGUCGGAUCAUUUUGUAUAGCUUCUUUAGGCUCUCAACCCACUUGGCUUGAACUUAUCGGAGACGGACGUUAA